AAAGAAGCAGAAUAUUGUCUUAUACUGUAUAACUUCAGCCUCAAUCCUGGUCACUCUGUGGAGGUGGAGGGCUUCAUUCCAAAGGUCUGUAAAGUGUAUUCCAUUAAAUUGGUAAAAGAUGACAAUAAUUUGGUGCUACACUUUAACCCUCGAUUUAGCCACAUCAAUGGAGACAAGCAAAAGAUAAUCUUGAACUCGAUGGAGGAUGGUGUUGGGGGAGCGAAGCAGAAGGAAAGCUUCUUCCCCUUCCAGGAGGAAUCAGACACCACGGUUUCAAGUUUGAGCAAGACAAGAUCACCAUAUAAUUACCUUCUGGAGAUCCUUUCUCAUUUCCAGUCCGCUUCCCCAUAG